GCGGGGAGGGUAGUUGCGACUCGCCUCUCACCCCUGGCGCCUGUUCGUUUGAAUAACGGGCACCACCGGUCGUGGGGAUGCUUUAUUGUUCCCAUCCCGGGUUCAUGUUAUUACAUGGUCAUAUAUGACACCGUCCAUUUUGCCUAUAGUCCCGUUCGCCCCAGGAAGUUCCCGCUCCGUCUUGACGGCCUCCGAGACGCUUCCGCCACACGCCGGUGAUUGACAGACCGAGCGGCCCGGGAGCGCGCAGGCGUAGUAGCUCCGGCUGCGCUUCCGGGACGGCGCCGUGGGACUCUUGGCGCCGGCAUCGGCGAGCGUUGGGACGGCGGCCGGGAGGGCGCGGCCGGCGUUCCGCGUUCUGGGUACCGGCGGCGCCAUGCGCUAUAACGACAAAGAGCUGCAGGCGUUAUCCCGGCAGCCUGCCGAGAUGGCAGCCGAGUUGGGCAUGCGGGGACCCAAGAAAGGCAGUGUGGUGAAGCGGCGGCUGGUGAAGCUGGUGGUCAACUUCCUUUUCUACUUCCGGACGGACGAGGCGGAGGCUUCCUGGAGGACCCAGAGAGGAAGUACCACUUCGAGUGCUGCAGUGAGGAGCAGUGUCAGGAGUGGAUGGCUGCGCUGCGUCGAGCCAGGUGGGGUGCUGACAGAACCUGGGGCCAGGCGGAGCCUAGGGCAGUGCGGGGCCCUGGGGGCUCACUCAGCUUUCCUCUCCAGUUACGAGUUCAUGCGGAGGAGCCUCAUUUUCUACAGGAAUGAGAUCCAGAAGAUGACUGGCAAGGACCCCCUGGAACAGUUUGGCAUAUCAGAGGAGGCCAGGUUCCAGCUGAGCGGCCUGAAGGCAUGAGGCCGGGUGGGACUCCCCAGCUGUCCUGUUGUCGGACAAGGCCUCCCUGCCCUCCUGGCCCCAGAUUUCCUGACCAACCCUGGAUUUGCUGUGGGAAGUGUCUUGGUUUAAAGACUUCAAACGCCCCAGGGUGGGCAGGGGCUGCCUUGUUGCGAGAAACGACCCAGCAAGUGUCCUCUAGACACACUGGGAACCACUGGACUGGUUUGGUACGUCGGUGCUACCUGCUGCUGCCAGGGGACCAGUGCCCCCUCCCAUGAGCUGUGCCCUGCCCUUUGGGUGUGUUGACUCAGGGCCUGGCAGGUGCAAUUCUCCUGCGCUGGGCAGGCUGAAUGUAUAAAGUUAGGUGAAGCUGUGAAGGGCAUGGGGCUGUGCUGGGGCCACUGUGAAUUCUCCUGCUGAAGGGGCAGGCCCUGGCCCGAUGCCUCUGGACAGUGCUGGAAGGCUUGCCUUUGGGGUGGCCAGUAUAUUCUGUUCAAAUAAAGGUACCUCUUU